AGUGUCGAUCCUGACGAUGUCAUUGUGUUUGAAGCAGGUGCCCCAGGAGUUUUGACUGCUGCACUACAAUAAUGGCAGACCAGACAUUAGGAGUGCUUCAGAUAAUCGCCCCCCUGUUUUCUUUCGGUAUCCUGCUGUUCUGCUGCUCUGCACUGUGGAGGACUUGUAGCAGAAUGCGAUCCAUUCAAAGAGACAACGUCGACCCAGGGGCCCCCUACAUCAUCCAUGUGCCAUACCUGAACGUCAACACCAGCCCACAAUUCCAGACAACACCAGACACUAGGAGCCCACCACCUUACAGUGAGGUUACACUGAAGCCACAUCUAUUCCCUUUCCCAGAAGACACUCCACCACCUUACAGCACCAUUGACCUUCCCCCCACCUUAAACGUGGAGCACUGAGCCUCAGUGCAGCAAUAGCCAGGCACUUGAACUGUUACCUCAAGCCUCCUGCUUGGAAUUGCGCAUUAUGAUCAUUCCUUAUGGCUCUGUGGGCAAAACAGUGUGUACGGUAAUGAAGCAGCAUUGUCACAAUUACAGCAAUUACUUUUAUUGAUAAAAACCAAGACUUGAGGAACAUGAAUCAACUCUUUAUGGGGUUAAGACCGACUGGAGAAGUUGGGACAAUGUGGUUGAGUGACUUUCUAUAGUGAGAAUAUUGUGUAAAAAUCACAAAUUUACUUGCAAUGAAACUGCAAAGGCACAAUGAAGUGAUGUUAGAAACAAUGAUCAAGGGACCCAUUUCCUCCUCCUGAUCCGCAAGUGUCAAAAUCAAGCAGGUUAAACAGAACACUAAGCAAAUAAUAGACGCUCAUAUUCUAUUAAUGUGAAGAUUGCCAUGUGCCAGUCGAAAUUCAGAGUUUUACAAUCAUGUUGUAUAGGUUAUUUAUGUGAAUUUAGAUGUAUAACAUUUUUCUUAAACAGUUGUAUAACCAAAAGUAAUCUUUAUAUUGCAUUUGUUGCGUUGUGUUUUUACGUUUUCAUGGAUGUCAGUUUGAGUUUAUCCAAACUUUUCUGAGGGAGUAAAACCAAACAAAUCAAGUUAUCUGCGGUGGACAGUAGGUGCGAUAUUUAAUAAAUAUAUUGCUUUGACAUGGAUAACUUGGGAUGCAAUCAAAGGUCAAAUAAAUGGUGCUUUUCCUGUCUAAAAUGAAGGGUGUUCUGUAACACUUUAAUCUCUGUAAACUUUGUCCUCAGUGUUCAUGGGCAGGGAAAGACGUCAGUCACAAUGCAACCCAUAAACAAUAACUGAUAAAACCUAAGGCGUGUUUUGACUCACAGAUUAAAGUCCUUGACGUGAAGCACUAUGAUCAGUGGGAUCGGGAUUCAUAAAUAGGAGAACCACUCUCUC